CGCCUUGUCAAACCACAGGUUCAUUCGCGCACAGGCUGCACAAUGGGGCAUAGGCAACUGCUAAAUAGUUAUUGAAAUGGACCUGAAUGACUGAGUUGACAAAUAUGCCACCAUUUUUUUAUUUUAAAUGUAAUAUAUUAUUAUGUGGCUAUUUCCAUUAAAUCAGGAGCUAUGGAUCGACUUGGUGAAUGGAGUUUCAAACCGAAGAAGAUGAAAGUGGAAUUGGAGGAUGGUUUCUAUUUUGAUUAUGAUGCGGAAGAAAUAUCUGAUUAUCAAGAUCCCAAUCAACUUUUAGCUGCUUUGAAACAAAAGGAGGAAGAAGUCCUUUUGGCGGCCCAGCUGGGAAAUGCAUUGCUUCUGGAAAAUCGUCAGUUGAAAGAACAGAGCGAUAAACUUAAUGAACAGUAUGCAUACAAACUUGAGGAGUUGGAGCAGGGCAGGCAUGAUCUGCGGGUGAAGCUGGAGGGGUGCCAGUCUGGGUGGGUGAGCCAGGUUGGGGACCUGGAGAGAGACAUGAGGGAUCUGAGUGGCCAGGUGGACAGGCUGACCCAGGCCCUGACCGACGCAGAGAGGGACAAGACCAGGGCCCAGGAGGAAGACGCAGAACACACCCAGUGCCUCAGAGAACAGCUCAGCACUGCGAUGGAGGUGGAGAGGGCAAUGACCAGUCAACUGCAGACCCUGAAACUGGAGCUCCGUCAGAGAGGCCACCAUAACAGACCACAGGAUGAGGAGCUGCUCAGUGCCAUGAGUGAGCAGGUGGUGCGUCUGUCCCAGAGGGAGCAGGCUCUGGAGGAGCGGCUGGAGAGUAUGUGUCAGGAGAACGCAGACCUACGGGACAGACUGGCCUCCCUACACACACACUCAGCUCUACAGGACCAACACAACCAGCAGCAGAGCCAACAGCUGACGGAGGCAUGGCAGGAGGCUGCGGCUGCGAGGGGGCGUUCCCAGCAGCUUCAGAUUCAGGUGGAGGAGCUGCAGGAGGAGGUCUCCCUGCAGUACAGGAGUAGCCAUGGAAACACAUCCCUACUGUCUGAGCUGGAGACCAGUCUGGACACCAUGGGCUUGGGCCAUGACAGAGAACAGAUGACCCAGGAGGUUCUGUCCAUCCUGGAGCUCCUGCGACCCCUGACCCGGGUAGUGAAGACUCCAGAGAGGUCAGAGUUUAUAGGUCAGGAGGAAGGAGAUCUGCAGGCCAUGCUGCUACAGUUAAAGGGUUUAGCUCAAAAACUGGCCAACCACACCCACAUCCCUCAGCUUCAGGAGGAGAAUGCUGAGCUGAGGCUGAGGCUCAGAAACAGACAGGAUGAAGAAGAGGUGGCCCAACAGGCCAUCAGAGACAGAGAUGAAGCCAUAGCUAAGAAGAACCUGAUGGAAGCUGAGCUGGUGAGGAGUAAGAACGACAUGAUGUGUCUGAACAACCAGCUGCUGGAGGCUAUCCAACGCAAGCUGGAGCUGUCUCAGGAGCUAGAGGCCUGGCAGGACGAUAUCCAGAUUAUCAUCAACCAGCAGCUGAGGACACAGCAGCAGUUGGAGCAGGUCGAGAAGAAGCCUGCCUCUAACCCCAUGUCCUUCUGGAGGAGACCCAGCACAGCUUCCUCCACCAGGCCCCGCCGGCCCUCCUCCUCCCCCGCUUCCUGGACCUCAGAAGCUGGGCAAGAGAAGCCCCAGUCCCCCUGGAGAGACUGGCUUCGACGGGGCAAGGUGACACAGCCAGGCAAAUAGUAAGCUGGAAUGUCUGUUGCUUCACCUCGGAGGACUGGCACAUAGCACAGAGAUGUCUUGACCAGCUGGCCAUUGAAGAAGGCGAGUCGAGUCAUCAAGGCAAGAACAAGCUGGUGGAACUAACACUACUGAGUAGAACUAUCAGUCUUGGUAGAUAGAGUACCAAGCAGAACAGGACAGGCCGAACACUCAGUAAUGUUAUAUAGUAGACUUCAGUAGAGUAUUAGAAUUCAAGACCAUGGUGUGUUGGAAACAAGGACCAGAUAAGAACCCUAAUGGACAAAGAGUUAUCAAUAAGUAGACAGUAGUUUCCCCACUGUCACUGAGAAGAUUAUUUGCUCAGACUAAUUAUUUCAUCCAACCUUUAUUUAGGUCAUGUGCAGACAGACUGAAGGGACAUGACGUUGAUAGAGUGACUGGACUCCAAUCAUAACACAUAAUGAAUGUUGUAAAUAUUUAGGUUUAUAGAAACACAGAGGAUCCAGAUCUAAGUGGUAUUCCACUCGCUACAGUCUUUUCAAAAGAUGAAAUAAGAUUAAAUGUUGCCUGCUGUCGAAGCAAAAUAUUUUCCAUUAUGUAUUCACAGAAAACAGGCCUUAGUAGAACAUAACCAAAUACAAAAUUGGUGCUCAUAAAUAAACCAAUCAUCUACAGAAUGUCAUGAGUUCUCAUGUGAAAUGUUGUGGGAACUAGAUACAUUAUGAAAUAUGUCCAAAAUGCAUUUCAUGCAUUGUAUUCUUACCUUAUGUGCCUUCGUUUUUUUUGCCACACUACUGAAGGGGACAUUUUGGGGGAAGGGUCCAAUAUAGAUCAACUCUAACUAGGAUGGUCAUAUAAGGUCAUAUAAGGUAUUUUGAUCAAAGUACCAGAAUAAUCGAAUGGACCGAAUGCAUGCAAUAUGUUGUCAAUACAUGAUGUAAGGUUGUCCUGUUGUUCAUCAACAUUUGCUAGUUGUUUAUAUUCAUUUCGGUUUUUGACAAAAUCAGAAUGUCCUCAGAUUAUUUGAUUUAGUGAAAAACACAGGACAAUGUUGAUUGAAUGACUGAAAACGUCUAAUACCUGUUAUUACAGAAGAAAUAUAGCAAAAAUCUAGAUUCAUAUUACUUAUUGUUGUAAUAUAUGAAUGUUAUCAAAGUGCAUGCAUGUUGUUGUGUAUCAUGAUGUAUGUAGCUUAUGUAUUCUGUAUGUAGAUGGUGUUUAUGUAAAUAGUAAGUGACUUGCCUAGUUAAAUAAAUAAAAAAUCUAUACUAAAAAAAAAUAUGUAUUAGUGAACACAAUGUCCUUUACACUGAAAAUAAAGUCAUUUUUCAUACAGUA